UCGAAAGCAUUAUUUUCACCUACAAUGCCGCCAGAGCGUCGCUUAGACACCACCCCGAAUGCAAAAUAGGCCUCACCGUAUAAAAAUUUCAUAAAUGGACAGAAAGCCCAACAACUUCACGAGUAUGUCCUUUCUACGGAACAUCCGCAACAAUCUAACCAACGGUGGUUACAACACCCAUCGCAAUGGCAAAACGAAACCGACAAAACCGAUCAAUCGAAGUAUUGUCACUGAUCGAACACAACCGGCACCCUCCCUCGGUCGACUAAGCUCCAAUGACCGGACGCUGGGAGGUAGCGAGUCCGAACAGGACCGCUCUGGCUAUGGGACGUACACCGGACGAAGAAACAGUGGCACUGGAACCGGUAGACGGGGAAGCAACUCGACCACCCUGCGCCGUGAUGACAAAUAUGGAAAGGAGAAUCCAGCACCGAUAAUUGUGUUCGUCGAUAAGUAUGAAACGGUUCCGAAACCAGCGGGUAUACUGAGAAAGAACACUUUUACAAAGAAAGAUCGAGAGCUCGAACAAAAUCGGUCUGGAAAUGCCAUCAGCAGAAGCGACACAUUCACUAUCAACGAAUCGGAUAAUGAACAGAAGACCAAGACGGACACCUAUUCGAAGAAAAAACAGAAAGGUAAGUUUAUUCUUGAUAUGGAUGUUUCGUAGACUGAUUAUAAUUUUUUUAUUGUAAUAGAUAGCGCCAAAAAUACUGAAUCCCCCGAGAAGCUGCCCGUUGUAGUUGAUUCGCGUACGUACCGAAAAAAGUCACUGAAAUCCUCGAAACCUGUCCAAAAAGUAGAAAGUUUCAUCAAACGUUUCGAGAAAAGUCUGUUCAAGAACGAUUCCAAGAAGACUGGCCGAAAGGAUUCCAAUUCAUCCGUCGAAACGUACAUACCGAAAUUCCGCGAUGUCGGAAUCAACUGCAAACUGGACGAAGAGGAAAAGUUGAAGACAAGAAAGAAAAGGCAAGGCUCAAGAGAUUCUUUGCUAGAAAAGACAAACGUGGAACACAGUUCCUCUUCGCAGAAAAGCUAUCGCGAAAGAAGCGAAACUCCGCAAAACAGACACCGGGAAAGGAGCAGUUCACCAACGAAAAAAUACUCUACCUAUGAUCGAAAACAGAACAGAAACGAACCCGAAGAAUCUCCAACCGUUCCGGAGAAACCGGUCAGGAAUCGCCAGCGAAGUCAUUCUCCAUUUGAAACCUUAGAGCUGAAGCCGAAGUCCACCGACAACAGCUAUUUGAAGAUGCGCCAGAAGGAGAUCGAAAUGGGCUAUAGCACGAUCAACAAAAACCCCUCGUCGACGUUAACUCGAACACAUACCCCUGAUAGGAACAAAUCGAUCCUGGUUAACACAGCUCGUAAGGAACGAUACGAACCUGAGGGUAGUCGAACUUACACUGUAACUACCAGCACUCACAGGGUGGAGUUCGAUCGGCCAACUCCGUUCCGUUCCGAUACCUACAAUACACUGAAGGAGGAGUACGAACAGGUCAACCGUAAGCCAGUCGGAAUCGCUAGCCCACGGCUGAACUCGGAUCGUUCGAUGCAGGAAUCGACCGUAACUUAUACGUCCAAGGAAACUCGGAAGGAUUCCGCCGAGCUACCGAAAUAUACCUUCGGGACGAACCUGCAGGAGCGUCGCAGUCGAUUCCAGCAGUUCCAGAAAUCGUUCCAAAAGAUGGGCGAUAACACUGCCGAAGCGACCUAUCAGCAGAGUUUCUUCAUACCGAUCUAAUCCAAUAAUUCGACUAAGUUUGUGAAACGUUCAAGACUUGCUAAUCAAUACGCUUCGUAGAUUAAUAAUGCUAACCGUGUUUUCUCAAUGUGAAUUAAAAUUUAACGACGC